AUGCUAAAGGUUGCAGAAGAGGAGCUGAAGAAUAAUCUCUUGUUUUCUCCCAUUACCGAAUCUGAUACAAGAUAUCAUACGAACUUGAAGAGAUGGGGUUGGUUUACAGUGGGACCGCUGAUGGAUGUGAAUUUGGGUGACAUUGUGAUAGCGUGGAUGGACGGUGGUUCUCGGGUACGACAGGGCAGGGUGGAACGUUUUGUGCUACGAACACUGCUAACGAUCGACUUUGAAGACGGAUCAGUUUCGGAAAACACAUUGCCAAGUGACAUCGUGCAAUGUGGCUGCAUACGGCAGCAGGGUUGUCGCGAUGGACAACAUCAACCUGGCAGCAGGGUGCGUUAG